AUGUUGAAACGCGCCUUUUCCGCGCGGGCCGCGUGGCUGAUGCCUCGUCGACAAGCUUCCAUCAACCAGAGUCCACCAAGGAGGUUCGCAACUGAUCACCCACGCGUGUCCAACGAAUGCAUUCCGGACGAGUCGCUUUUCUCAUAUUCCUCUGGACGAUUCCUCUACAACGAACAGGCACGUCUUCUAGAACGACACGUGAAGUUUGAUGUUCCUGCACUGAAGCAGGUUGUCGCAAAGCAUGUCGGUCAUGGGCGUGUUAGGGAGCUUGUCAAGCUCAGUGAAGGGGGGUUCAAUCGUGUGCUACUAGCCACCAUGGAAGACGGGUUUCGGGCCAUAGUAAAGAUCCCGUACUGGAUAUCCGUGCCGAAGACAUAUGCGACAGCUAGUGAAGUUGCAACCCUGAAAUUCCUUCGUUCCAAGGGUAUACCUGUUCCUGAAGUGUAUGGCUGGUCGUCGACCGCCGACAACCCCGUCGGUAUUGAGUACAUUGUCAUGGAACAUGCCGCGGGGGUGGGCGCUGAUACUCGUUGGUUCAGCAAUACAAAACAUCAAAAGCAUGCGCUGGUAACGGGGAUCGUUGACAUUGAGAAAAAGCUGUUCAGCAUUCCUUUUGGUGCUGUUGGGAGCCUUUAUUUCAAGAGUGACCUUCCACCCCAGUUACAGGGCCCGCUAUAUGUGGCGGGCACGCCGGACGAAGCCGGGGACUCGGAGACCUACUGCAUUGGGCCAAUCUCUGAUUAUAUGUUCUGGUAUGGGCAGCGGGCUGAGAUGGAGCUAGACAGAGGACCAUGGCGCGACCCGAAGAACUUUCUUCUUGCAACAGCCGAGAAGGAAAUCAAGUGGAUCCAGAAGUUUGGAAAGCCCCUGGAAAGUGACUUUCCUCACAACACCGUCUUUCCUGGAGUUAAAAAACCCCAGGAUUACCUGGGCCUCCUCGAAAAGUACCUAGCAAUCGCACCGUAUCUUCUUCCAAGGGAGCCUGGAAAUAAUUUGAACCGACCUACUUUACGCCAUCCCGACCUCACCCCCAGCAACGUCUUCAUCUGCCCCGACACAUUCAAAGUCACAUCCAUCAUUGACUGGCAACACACUGUAACCACGCCAUUGCUUUUUGCUGCUGGAUACCCCAAGCUUUUUGAGAAUCCUGAGCCUGAGCCGCCCACCGGCUUGAUAGCACCAAAAUAUCCACCAGGUUACGAUGAUAUGAAUCCCGAAGAAAAGUCUCAGGUCGAUGAGCUCAUUCGCCGGCAAAGUCUCUUCUACCUCUAUCGUGUCUUCAACGGCGGCCUCAACAAACUACACCUCGAAGCCCUGCAAGACCCGCUCGUUCUACAACGCCAGCACCUCGUGGAUUCCGCAGGCCGCCAAUGGUCGGGAAACCUCAUGACGCUACGUGGGGCCCUGAUGCGCAUACGUGAUCUUUGGCCUCAUCUCGGCGGCAAGGAUGCCCAUCUUGAAUGUCCUAUAGACUUCUCGGAACAAGAAGCACGUGAGCAGACUGAGAACGAACCUAUGUGGUACAACUCGAACACACUCGUCAGUCAUUGGCGCGACGAACUUGGAGGGCUCUCAGAAGAAGGCUGGCUGCCUGCUGAGAAGUAUGAUGCGGCUGUGAAGAGGAAUGAAUCCCUGAAAGCUGAAUUCUCGGACGGCGGCAGUCCAGAUGAGCUGCAGAAAAUCGAACGUGGUUGGCCGUUUCAGGAUCACGAGGAGUUCUUUUGA